ACGUUGGCGCGCGCUGAAUGCCUGAAACAAGGGUUAGGAGAGAUGAUAUAUUUUUUAUAAAAAUAAUAGUAAUUGAAAAAACUAAGAGGUUUUGUGUCCAGGAGCAGUCGUUUUAAACAAAAAAAAUGAAUCACUGUGAGCUGGAAGAGGUAACAAAACACAUCAACGACAAACUUUCACUCGUUAAGAGGCUUUUAGACCUGCGAGCAGUAGCAAAAGAUCCAGAUAAACGGGCGUACCUGCUCAAAAUUGAGCAGGAUGUCAAUGCCAUAAACGGUCUCCUCGACCGGUUUGAGAGAUGUGUCAUUCAGCAGAGGGACCUGCUAAAUCAUUUGCAGGACCUGGACAUGUUCUUCCAGGAGGAUGAGCAGAAUGCACAGCACCUAUUGGAGAACAUCCCACCACACAUGCCUCGCAAAGGAGGGCAGCUGACAGCUCAAGGAGGACAGACAGAGGUGCCGAGCAAGCAGUCAGAAGUGAAUUCAGCCCCACAGGAACAAGAACAACCCAGGAAGCCGUCACGGAGCCAGAUUAAAGAGAUGGAGUUUAUCACAGUGCAGGAGUUUGACAACAUCCCACAGUACAUGAAGGGACGUGUAACAUAUGACCAGCUGAAUACUGCUGUAAAAAGCAUCAACACAGCCGUCACUGGGAAAUAUAAAAUCCUCCAGCAGCCAGUCAAGAGCCUGAGUAACGCAGCACGUAAACUUCAUCAGCGAUUCAAAGACCAGGAGACCAAAGACACUAAAGGUCAGUUCUUUGUGGUGGAGGAAGACCUGCGUGACCUGGCUCAGCUGAAGGUGGAUAAGCGCUUUGUGGGUAUGUUGAACAUGCUGAGACAUUGCCAAAGACUAAAGGAGCUGAGAGGAGGCGGGCUGACUCGCUACAUGCUGCUGUGAGCCUCUGGACAUGCAAGGACACCAGAAUCCACACACAUGCAGAAAGAAGUGCUGCUUAAACACAUGCUG